AGAACCCGUCACGAGGUGAAUCUCAGCCUUGCGUCCUAGCUGACUAAGCCGCCUCCAUGGUCCAGCUGAACCGCGGGCGUACGGCUUUUGCUCAUAACACUCUCCCUGUCUAAAGCUUUUACACGACUUUUUGAAGGGCUCCUAUCCCAUGUCCUCUCAUAGUGAUUAAACAAGACCUUCUAGAGAAAUGCAGUCUGAUUUUGAACUUGGGCAUAUCCAUGACCACGGCCCAGGUAGAGGAAGCACAGUCUCCUUGGUAAGCGGAAGCAUGGCUACCAAUUUCGAAAGGCCGGACUGGCUCGCAAAGAGUCCUAGGUAUUAUGAGAUAUACCUGAACCCCAGAACCUAUUCGGAGACACACCAUGCGACCUAUCGGCCAGGAAGAGAAUACAGAUCCGUUGAGGAGUACCGUCACAAAGACAGCUUGGGGCGCGUGUGGGUAGGCCGUGAAAAUGACCGUUACUUGAGUGCUACGGAUGGGCGACUAGUAGAACUGGUAGUUCAAGCGUCCGAGGAUAUAUGCCAUGGCCCCGCCAACUCGACCUGGGCUCGGAAGAGGAUUAAGGAGUCUACCCCGACGAUACUUCGAGUUGUGUACUCGCUUUUGGGACGACACCUUCAGAAUAACCAGGACGCAUGGUCAAGGGUUAGCAUGUGCUUGGAGUGGCUUCCGUCCUGUGUUACUAUCGCUGGUCUGUUAUUUCUUCCAACAGAUCUUGGCGGAGAGUUGAGAAACAAUGGCCAUUACGAACAGUUCAAGUAUCACUACUGGGGCUAUUCAACGGCUUCAACCAAUCUUCACGAGGUCGAACCAUCGAGCACUAACAAUCUGCCGGGCCCUCGUCAAUUUGCAAACGGGAUAUCAAAGCGGCCUCUACGUCCGAGACUGCUGUGCUUGCUUCAAGACGUCGGGGGUAUUGUCAUCGUUAACGUCGAAGAAUGGGAGGCAGUGCAUGGCAGCCUCGAGUAUCUGUUCAUAUGCUAUACCACUGAGCAGUACAGUCAUGAGUCGAAUGAAGACAUGGAUGAACUUCAUCGCAUUGCUAAAGCUGCUACCCGGACGGCAGGGGUUGCGGCUUACUGGAUCGCGUGCAGUUGCAUGCCUGAUGAUGACGACCAAUUCGAAGACAUAUACCGGAUCAGCGAUGUCGUGCGGGGUGCCCAAGCCUUGGUGGUGAUUAUUGGCCCCUCUCCGGGUCUCAGGCCAGAGGAAGGUGAAAUGCUUCGCCAUUUGGGAAGUCGACUGUGGACCUUUCCUGAGGUCCUCCUAAGCCCAUCGGGCCAACCAAUCUCCAUAUACAAGCGUGAUUGUCCCCCAGAUUCCUUCCGGGUUCUGUCGAAGCGGAACUUCGCAAUUGAAGCCUGGGGAGACACCACUGUCUCAAGAGAGCUUAUUGAUCAUUAUGAAGGUUCAAUUAUACUAAGCCCUCUCGAGCUGGUCUCCAUCGCCUUACAAUGCUUUCCAAACCGUGAAACCACGAGGUACUAUAACGGAGACCUUUCGUACGCUCUGAUGGGCUUGUUACGACGUCGUCCAAGUGUUAACCCGAAUGACUCGGCCUUUGAAGCCUUUUGUCGGUUGUCUUGGGCCAACGACAGCGAUCGGGUGCUCGAGAGGCUGGUAUGCAUGCUACCCCAAAACAUCGACCAGCCUUGGUAUGAGAUCAACGACUUCUGGGGCAGUCAUCUUUGGGAAAUUGAACCUCUUUGCCAAGUUGUCGGCUUCGGUGGCAAAGACACUGUGAUUAUGAGUGGUGCUUUUGGUGCUCCGAUUCGUUGGACAUCCUUGGAGCCGGUCAACAUGUUGAUGCGUAAGACGGCAAAACGUUCAGUAGCCAGAUUUGCUCUUCGCAGCACUCCUGGUUGGAUUGUUAUAGGCGUGAUGUCGCUAGCAAUUACCCGGUCCAGAACAGGAACAGACGCCUACCUUGCAUUCACUGUGAUCGGGUGGAUAUUCACAGGCCUGUAUAUUUUGGUCAUGUUGGCGUCUCCGUACCUAAUAUCCAUUCUUUAUGUUGGGAAGACAUGGGCGUCACAGCCAUGGCUGUUCGGAUUUGAGGGCUACAUGGAGAUUGGUGAGAUCGAGCAGAUGGUCUUCGGUAUUAACCUCAGCCGUUUGAAGUGGAGUCCCUAUUCCAGCGAUCUCUCGCUGCAUGUAUCCCAGAACGGUGAGUGCGUGGGGAAAGAUCCCACUUGCAGAGAAUCCACCGCCCAGUUUGUGUCCGCUGCCCGAAACUCGCGGUAUGGAGAGCUCAAGCUCUUCACCUUGGUUGAUACGAAUACCUUGACCGUCACUUUAUUCCGAGCUCGCCGCCCGCCGGUGGCAAUGCUUCUUUGCGGCAGCGAGGGUGGUAUGCAGCGAGCGCUGCUUUGUUCUUAUGAUUGGAAAUCCCAAACCCUCUAUCGCGAGAAUGUCCUGCGGGUGGACACGCUCGUCUUGGACAAGAUGUCACGGGUGGAUAGAUUCCGGCUUGGUCUGAAUAGGCCUAUGGCGGAGACGGCAGAUGUCAACGGCAAACCCAAGGUCGCGUUUAUCGGUCUCGGUGCGAUGGGUAGAGGAAUGGCUAUACAACUGCUCAGCGAAGGGUUUCCUGUCAGUGGAUUCGACUUAAACCCAAUGUCACUCGAGACAUUACUGGCCAUGGGCGGCACUGUCGCCCCAAGUCCACGGGAAUGUGUUCAUGAUGCCUCAUUCUUUAUCUGCAUGGUAGCGAAUGCCCCGCAGAUAGAGCAUGUAUUAUUCACCAAAUCAGUGGGUGCUGUGUUUGGCUUGGUGAAGGACGCCACUAUUAUAUUAUGCUCCACCGUUGCCCCAGGCUUCCCGCAGAAGAUCUUGGACCAGAUCCAUCAUCGAUUCUGCAGGCCAGAUAUCAAUCUUGUCGAUUGCCCUGUAUCUGGUGGAGCGCUUCGUGCAGCUCAAGUUUUACAAUCGUUCAGCCAAACGCUAUACACUAUCGACGGAGGACUGGGGUGUGCCAGUAAAGUCCAACUUAUCAAUCAGCACCUUGCAGGAGUCCAUAUUGCUAUUGCAGCAGAGGCAAUGGGACUAGCUGCGACUAUGGGGAUAAAUACAAAGCAAUUCUAUGACAUAGUGCUGAAAAGUCCUGCGCAUAGUUGGAUGUUUGAGAACCGAGUGCCACACAUGCUUCGCAAUGACUGGUCGCCGCACUCCGCUCUCAGCAUCUUUGCCAAAGAUUUGCGCAUUGUCACUUCGGAGGGUCUGAAGGAGGACUUCCCUUUGUACAUCGUAUCUGCUGCAGAGCGUCUCUAUCAAUUUGCUGCACGAGCUGGCUAUGAAAAGGAAGAUGACUCUGGCUUAGUGCGGAUUUUCAUUCCCCAGAACUUGUCCUUGAUUUCCGAGGCGACGCAUCGAGAAAGCCACGCAGCUGACCAUGGGCGAACGUCAAGAAUGAUCUGCCUUAUGCUGAGUAUUGUUCACGAGUGCAGAGACAUUCUGGUCAGUCUUUUCGCUAUCGCCUCUGUGUGA